AUGAACCUCGGCCUUCCUUUCAGGGCCUGCUCCAGCCCAGGCUGCCCCGUGAGGUUCAACCUUCUUUCUUUCCUCACCAUAAUACACUUCAUUUCUAUUGUGUGUCCCUCAACAAACCUCUUGCAAUGCGGGGGCUGCCGUGUGGUCGUCUACUGCGGCCCCGAGCACCAGAAAGCCCAAUGGCGCUUCCACAAAACCACGUGUAACCUGAUCAAGGAAUCGCGUGAGAAGCUGCGUGCAGAGGAGGCGGCGCUGCGCGCACACCCGCCAGACCCCUUCAAGAGCGUACCCGGCAACUUUUGGUCCUGGUCGGGCACCAGACCCUACAUGCAAGCAAGGCAUGAUUUGAUGUCGGCUACGCUCAAUGUUCGCACUGGUGAGGCUGUGCAGAUUGCGUUGGAUAAUUGUCUCGAGACGCUGCGGCUUUGCCGUGAGGAUAAUCUGGGUGUUAGGGAGCAGGUUCCGUCUUUGUACCUCCGUCUUGGCCGCGAUCAAGAUGCGUUUGAUUUCCUCAAGUGGUACGAUGUGUGCGUCACGGAUACUUACGACUGGAGCGACAUGGAUCUUCCGUUCCUGGAUCUGCGAGACCAGGAUGCCUUUGCGCCAUGCGAUUUGGAGAACUGUUCGGAGUUGGCGUUCUUGGUGGCUAUGGCGAAUCUCAAGAUGAAGCUGCUGCUCGAUAUGAAGAUGUUGCAGGUUUGUAUCAAGAAGCAUGGCAACAAAGACUUCGAGACGAAGAUGGAGUGGGUGCGCCAGGAUGCCAUGACGGAUAUUGUCUACAAGCGACGGGAUAUUCUCGAGCGUGAUGACUACGCUGAGAUCAUUUCCAGUCUGGAGAAGCAGGUCCGCACGACCUAUGGUCGUGUCAAGAAGGCGAAUAAGCACUAUUGGCCUGCGCUGCAAGAUCCGGACCGCUAUGCUAGUGUCGCCCCGACGACAUAUGCGCCUGGGUCGCGGGAGCAGGUUGUUCUCACUUUCAGGUAUACGUGGUACACCUAA